CAGCCUCAUUUUACAACGGACAGCACCAGAGGUCGAAACUUUCUAUCACGGGGUCGUAGGGCUUACGGUCCCUGCGAGCCCGACACAGUCGGCGUGUCAUUUUUUCGUGCUGACUUGGGCGCAGCGCCGCCUGCAAGCCAUCUUACCUUCGCCUGUCUGGCAGGGCUAGUGUCUUAGACGCGUGGGUUCCCGCGAACUGGCUAAACGGCCAUCAUAUCCCUCGUGCAUAGCAGCAAGGCGUAUCGUGAGCAUAUCAAGCACUAGAUUUCCAAGAACACAAAAGGGAUCCGCAUUCAACAUGCCGCCAGAUCGAUCAUCUUUCACGGCGUUGAAUCUGCCCUCGACGUUUUCUCUGCCCGAAUGUAUGGAAUAUUUCACACUCCCUGCCGGCCCUAACACAGACCUCUGGAGAAAACCACCGAAUGGCGACACUUCGACGGCUCCGAUAGUGUAUACUUCUUUACGGCACCCGUUCGUGGUCGCUGAAGUCACGGUCAGCGCUGAUUGGGAAAUGGAAUGGGACCAAGGCGGACUCGUCAUUUUCGCCGGUGCAGCGCCCGGGGAGUCAUUGCCAUCAGAUUCUCAAACGCCUUCCGGAGGCCGUACCGGACGACCCGGCUGGAACCACGCAUCUCGAUCGUGUAAAUGGGUGAAGGCAGGCAUGGAGUUUUGUUCCGGCACUGUCAACGCGUCUUCAGUAAGUGCAACUGCUGACGGAGCAGACUGGUGCCUGUCACCACUUGCACUGCCAAACCUUCCGACUGCUGUCACCUCGUUGCGCAUCAAACUGGAGAGGAUAGGCCAUUCCCUCUGGAUCUGGUACCAGAUCCCUUCAGUGUCUCCUUACGCUUUAUCCCCAGGCGCAGUCGGCAACACUUGGAAGAAACUGAGGGAAGUGACGUGGUUUUUCUAUGGAGUGGAGGACAAGUUCGUCCAUGUCGGUGUCUACGCCAGUCGACCGACAAGUGUAUCGAGAGGCGACACAAUGUGGGAGACAAUGAAUGCUUCUCGAUCAGCGACCUCGGCAGCGGAUAACGAUUCAGAUCGACUGGUGGUCGAGUUCGAAGAUCUGGAAAUAUUUUAAGCGUGUUUAUGUCUGGGAACGCUUUGGUUGAUAGAGAAAACGGAUAGUUUGGCGUUUCCCUGUUGCCUGUCUUUUACUAUUUUCUUUCACAUUGCUACGACCAUUUAAGCCAGUGUCUUAAUUCUUUUUUUUUUUCCUGUGAUUUUUCCUUGGCUUACUCAACAUCCAAUAUUUGGCGUCGGUUUAGAGGUUCUAUCAGCAUAACCAAGAUUGCGGAGAGUUGUGCAUCCGAUUUUUGUCUUUUGGAAAGGUCCAUUUGCUCUUGUACUAUGGUCACGAGCUCUAUCCUAUUCAUAUG